GAAUGGCUCGUGACGGGCACGGGGCCUUCAGCUUCAUCCCCAUCUUCAUCCUCGCAGCCGGCUUGCUGCUGACCACCCCGUCGCCGGCGCGAGCUCAGGUGAAGGGCAACGAAGGCGACGAGCGAACCACCAUCGUCUUGGUAGGAACCACCAUCAUCUUGGUUGAAAUCAUCAUCAUCUUGCUUGGAACCACCAUCACCUUGGUAGGAAUCACCAUCAUCUUGGUUGGAAUCACCAUCACCUUGGCUGGAACCACCAUCACCUUGGUUGGAACUCUCCGGUUGCCGCUUGCAGUGCCGGAGGAGGACGAAUCGCGGAUCAUCGGUGGGAAGCCCUGCUCCAUCGGACAACGCCCUUUCCAAGUCGCCCUCCUCAAAAGAGGUCAAAUCCUCUGCGGCGGAAGCUUGAUAGACGCCCAAUGGGUCCUGACCGCCGCCCACUGCAAGAAACCAAUCAAUGACCUCAAGGUCUUAAUCGGGACGGACACGUUACGGGGUGGAACGGGGGAAGUGAGGUCGAUAUCAAAGCUCCGGGUUCAUCCGGCCUACAACCCCUACAAGAACGACAACGACUUCAUGCUCCUGAGGUUGGACAAACCCGUACGGUUCGGCGCCAACGUCAAGAAGAUCCGUUUGGCCACGAGAUGUCCCACGGAUGGGAUGAAGUGUAGCGUUUCCGGUUGGGGUACGAUCAAGUCCCCUGGAG